AUGCCUGAAGAGAUUGACGGAUCUACUCCGGGGAGUUCGAUGCAUGGAGUCACCGGACGGGAGCCGGUGCUCGCAUUCUCGGUGGCGUCCCCAUCCGAUCCCACCGCAAAGUUUGACCUCCCGGUGGACUCAGAACACAAAGCCAAAGUGUUCAAGCUUUUCUCUUUCGCAAAACCUCACAUGAGAACCUUCCAUCUUUCAUGGCUAUCUUUCUUCACCACUUUUGUGUCGACUUUUGCCGCGGCUCCCCUGGUCCCCAUCAUCCGGGACAACCUUAAUCUAACCAAAUCCGAUAUCGGGAACGCUGGUGUUGCUUCUGUCUCUGGCAGUAUUUUCUCAAGGCUUGUCAUGGGCGCGGUUUGUGACAUGUUGGGACCUCGCUAUGGUUGCGCUUUCCUCAUCAUGCUGUCCGCUCCGACCGUGUUUUGUAUGUCGUUUGUAGAAAACGCGAGCGGGUACGUUGCGGUUAGGUUCAUGAUCGGGUUCUCAUUGGCGACUUUUGUGUCAUGCCAGUACUGGAUGAGCACCAUGUUCAAUAGUAAGAUUAUUGGGCUGGUGAAUGGGACUGCGGCCGGAUGGGGGAACAUGGGUGGCGGUGCUACACAGCUGUUGAUGCCCGUGUUGUUCGAGAUCAUCAAGAAGGCGGGUGCCUCUCCGUUCACCGCGUGGAGGAUUGCAUUUUUUAUACCCGGAUGGCUUAAUGUUAUCAUGGGGAUUUUAGUGUUGACUCUUGGUCAAGAUCUGCCUGAUGGUAAUCUUGGUGCUCUUCAAAAAAAGGGAGAUGUUGCCAAAGACAAAUUUGGCAAGGUGUUAUGGUAUGCAGUGACGAACUAUAGGACAUGGAUCUUUGUACUCCUCUAUGGAUACUCCAUGGGUGUCGAGUUAACUAUUGACAACGUCAUUGCUGAGUACUUCUACGACAGAUUUGAUCUAAAGCUUCAUCUUGCUGGAAUUGUUGCUGCCUCUUUCGGAAUGGCAAACAUAUUGGCUCGACCAUUCGGAGGAUUCACAUCCGAUUUCAUGGCCAAAAGGUUUGGAAUGCGUGGACGCCUUUGGAACCUAUGGCUUCUUCAAACCGCGGGAGGGAUAUUCUGCCUAUGUCUUGGCUUGGUCAACUCCUUGCCUUUAGCCAUUACCUUUAUGAUCCUCUUUUCGGUGGGAGCUCAGGCAGCAUGUGGCGCCACAUUCGGCAUCAUCCCCUUCGUUUCACGACGAUCCCUCGGCAUCAUCUCGGGCAUGACAGGAGCAGGUGGGAACUUUGGGUCAGGACUAACCCAAUUAAUAUUCUUUGCAAACGCUUCAUUUUCGACAGCUAAAGGGCUGUCUUACAUGGGUAUCAUGAUCAUAUGUUGUACGCUGCCCGUGAGUUUGGUUCACUUCCCGCAAUGGGGGAGCAUGUUCUUGCCGCCUAAUAGGGACAGUGUGAAAGGUAGCGAAGAGCAUUACUAUGUUGCCGAGUGGACAGAGGAAGAGAAGGCAAAAGGGAUGCACCAAGGAAGUCUCAAAUUCGCCGAAAACAGCCGUUCGGAGCGUGGGGGAAAAGUGGCCGCGGUUUCUACGCCCAAUACAACUCCCGACCAUGUUUGAUCGAUCUCAAGUGAUGGAUCGAUUUUGUAGUUCAUUUCGGUUUUCAUCUUUUAAUAUAGUAUACAAUUAUACAUGCAAUAUGU